GGUCAAACCACCCCACACACACACACACACUCCAGACGGGAGCCAGCAGGUGUAACAGCUGGCGCGAGCUUCAGGCGGUGAACACGCGUUAAACAUGCGGUGGUCCAGUCUGACGGUCCUCUCCCUCCUCUUCUCUCCAGUGCUGCCGUUGACGUGCUAUGUGUGCAGCUCUUCUUCCACCAACGAGGACUGCAGCAAGUAUACUCAGGACUGUCCGGCACCGCUGAACACAUGCAUGACUACCGUUGAUACUUUAGGUUUAAUGAAGGCCAUAGUGAAGCAAUGUGCCAGUCAGGCCACAUGUAAAGGAGCCGCCUCAGCCGCAUCAGUUGAUGCCAACGGAAACGGGAACCGCGUGGACUGCUGCAACUACAACAUGUGUAACUACAGUAGAGCUGAGUCCGUUCACACACACACAAGCCUGAUGCUUCUAACCGCAUGUGUGUUAGUGCUGCAGUCAAUCUGAGGUCAACCCUGUCAAAAUAAAGCUCCAGACUACAGCACACUACUACAGCCCUAUUAUUAAAGAUAUUCAUAUCCAUGUAAAACAGUGGUUGUUUUGAACAUAGUUUAAAUUUAAAACGUCUCAUCAGGACUCUGUUCUCUCUGAAACAACCCUUAUCAGUCGAAUUCUAGCCUAGAGGUCAUGGGCUACAAUAUAUAUAAUCAUAAUGAAUAUUGAAGAUAAACAGUCUGUUUUCUGUUUCAUCAUUAUUUUUAUUUCAUUGUUUUUUUAACUUCUAUUUGACAACAUGGCUGAUUUAGCCAAGAAGACAAAAUAAAAACCAGUGUUUACUAAUACGAGUUCUGUACAAUAACCAGUGAUACACACCAGUAUAGCUUACAAUAUACCAACAUGAGCAGAUUUACACAACAACAAGGAAAUAAAAUAGAUUGUUUUGUUUUAUUUUUACAUUUUUUUUAUCCCUAUAGCA